UAAUUUUGUAGUUGUUCUUCAGCAAAUUACACAAUAAUUUUCAUGCAUUCAUCUAAUCGAUGUAAAGGAUUUACUGAGGUUGAAACAGCUAAAGUUUCAGGAAUUAAUAAAUUUCUUCGAAGAAGUUCUAAUUCCGCUAGUAAUCAUUCAGUCAAUCGUUCAAGUAAUGACAGUACAAAAUUGAAAGCCCUUUUGGAAGAAGCAAAGAAAGAGUUUCUGGAAAAAUGGGAGAAACCAGCUCAGAACACUGCCACUCUAGAUUCUUUCGAUCGUAUCAAAACUUUGGGUACUGGCUCUUUUGGACGAGUGAUGCUUGUCCAGCACAAAGCUAGCAAGGAAUAUUAUGCCAUGAAAAUUUUGGACAAACAAAAGGUGGUCAAAUUAAAGCAAGUUGAACAUACUUUAAACGAAAAGCGUAUUUUGCAAGCUAUAUCUUUUCCGUUUCUUGUUCGUUUGGAUUAUCAUUUCAAGGAUAACAGCAAUUUAUACAUGGUACUGGAAUUCGUCAAUGGGGGCGAAAUGUUUUCUCAUUUAAGACGCAUUGGUCGUUUCAGUGAAAGUCAUUCAAGAUUCUAUGCUAGUCAAGUGGUGUUGGCAUUUGAAUAUCUGCAUCAUUUAGAAUUGGUCUACAGAGACUUAAAACCGGAAAACAUUCUUAUCGAUCAAUAUGGAUAUUUAAAGAUAACAGAUUUUGGUUUUGCUAAACGUGUAAAAGGUAGAACAUGGACUCUAUGCGGUACACCGGAAUAUUUAGCCCCUGAAAUUAUUCUCAGCAAAGGUUACAACAAAGCUGUCGAUUGGUGGGCUCUUGGUGUAUUAGUCUAUGAAAUGGCAGCUGGUUAUCCACCGUUCUUUGCUGAUCAACCAAUUCAAAUCUAUGAACGUAUUGUAUCAGGAAAAGUUCGUUUCCCAUCACAUUUUAGUUCAGAUUUAAAAGAUUUACUAAGAAAUCUGUUACAAGUUGAUUUAACAAAACGUUUUGGAAAUUUGAAAAAUGGUGUUAAUGAUAUCAAAACACAUAAAUGGUUUGCAACAACUGAUUGGUUUUCUAUUUUUAAACGUGAUAUUGAAGCACCAUUCACACCGAAAUGUUCAGGCGCUGGAGAUGCAAGUAAUUUUGACGAUUAUGAAGAAGAACCAUUACGUAUUGCUACAACAGAGAAAUGUGCAAAAGAAUUUAGUGAAUUUUAAACUGUUAACAAAAGUAAUAUUAAUAAUAAUAAUAAUCGGUAUUGUGAAUGAUAAUAAUUAAAUUGACAAUGACAUUUAAUACUGACUGUGAAUCACACACUCAUUAACAGCUACUACUACUCAUUAUAAUAAUAAUUUUGAUAAUAUUACUUCAUGUUUUCAUUAUUGUUUUUUGUCGUUGCUUUUUGUUCUCCUUUUUUUCUUUGUUUUGUUCACUAAUUUACUUGUAUCAUUCUCUUUGCUUUGACUUUUACUUAAUCAUAGUGAACUUUGUUUUGUUUUUCUUUUUUUCUCCUAAUCCUUUUUUUUUUAUUUUAACUGUGUUAUGUAUGCAUGAAGAGUUGUCUAUUAACUUCUCUUAUGCACUUUUGCCUUUACUUCUGCUUCUUUUUCCCCAUCCCCAUCCCCUGACCCUUUUCAUCAAAAAUUAUUAUUAGUCAUUUGUUAUGAAUAGUAUGUAUUAUUAUCAUUAAUGCUCUAACACUAGAUAUUUGUUUUAUAACAAUCAGUCAUGAUGAAUGUGUUUAUUGAUGUGUGCAUGGGGUGAGUUAUUGCUGCUAUUGAUUUUUUUUUAUGUUGUAGUUGUUGUUGUUGUUGUUGUUGUUGUGGUUUAAUAUUUCCAUUAUGAUUUUAAAACUAUAAAAAUCACACUUCUAUUAAAAGUAUUGUUUCUUUAAAUUAGUCAACUUUUUAUAAAGUUUACAUACAAUGAAUAAUCACUGUAUACAUGUGUUUAUGUAUGUGCAGUUUUCUCUAUUAACUUGUAAUUAAUGAUAAUAUUAUUUAUCUUAUCAAAUCAAUCAUCUAACAAAUAACCAUUGACAAUAAUCAUAAUAAUUUUGCUUUCUCAUGUAUUAUAUUAUUAUUAAAAUAAUUCAUAUAAUUGAUUUUCUCUUCUUCUUCUUCUUCCUUUUUUUUAUUAUGAUGAACUGAAAUUCUUGAAACUUUGCUAGUAGUAUAUAUAUAUAUAUAUAUAUAU